GAAGGUGGGCUCCCGGCAGGGGCGGGGCCUGGGCGGGGGCGAGGCCGGCUCCACCCUUUUGCAGUCCUCGGAGCCUCCCGCGACCUCAGGACUGGGCCGUGCUCGCCCCUUCUCGGCCGCCGUAGUUUUUUUUUUUUUUUUUUUUAAGAAAAAACGGUUACCCAGCAACGAGAAAAACAACCGGAAGCGGCGGCACCAGCUCGGAGAGAAAGGAGGUUCCAUAGGCAGUUCUUACCAAGAAGAUGUCGAUUCCAUUCUCCAACACCCACUACCGAAUUCCACAAGGAUUUGGGAAUCUUCUUGAAGGGCUGACACGCGAGAUUCUGAGAGAGCAACCGGACAAUAUACCAGCUUUUGCAGCAGCCUAUUUUGAGAGCCUUCUAGAGAAAAGAGAGAAAACCAACUUUGAUCCAGCAGAAUGGGGGAGUAAGGUAGAAGACCGCUUCUAUAACAAUCACGCAUUCGAGGAGCAAGAACCACCUGAGAAAAGUGAUCCUAAACAAGAAGAGUCUCAGAUAUCUAGGAAGGAGGAAGAGAUAUCAAUCACCAUCUUAGACUCUUCUGAGGAAGAUAAGGAAAAAGAAGAGGUUGCUGCUGUCAAAAUCCAAGCUGCCUUCCGGGGACACAUAGCCAGAGAGGAGGCAAAGAAAAUGAAAACAAAUAGUCUUCAAAAUGAGGAAAAAGAGGAAAACAAGUGAGGACACUGUUUUACCUCCAGGAAACAUGAAAAGCAAUCCAAAUCCAUCAACCUUCUUAUUAAUGUCAUUUUUUCCUGAGGAAGGAAGAUUUGAUGUUGUGAAAUAACAUUCAUUGCUGUUGUGAAAAUCUGUCAUGAGCAUUUGUUUAAUAAGCAUACCAUUGAAACAUGCCACUUGAAGAUAUCUCUGA